GUUGCAUUAGCUUUGAUAUAGCCAUGGCAAUACAACAGCUUUCAUUCAGGGCUAUACCCAAUAACACCAACCAAUUCUGGUAUUGUGAUUCAGGUCUGAGAGACAAUAUCGCACACUGUCUUGGGCUUUGCCUAGUGAUCUUCUACCUGGACGACACCGGGCUUCUUAACGGCUUACAAGCUCUCGAAUCAUGGCAAGUUUAUCUAAAUCACCCUAAGGGCAUGCUAUUGGGAUUAUAUGCCGCCACGCUAUAUCUUCCGACCAUCUUUACGGCCUAUAUCGGUGACAUUAUCUCCCACCACUUUGGGAGGAGAAUCGCCUUGCUCUUGGGGUCCUUCUUCGUCUUGGCUGGAGGUCUGAUCAACGCCUUCGCGACCAAUCCUGCCAUGUGGAUCAUCGGCCGUGUAGUCAUAGGAGGUGGAGGUGGCUUAGCGAAGGUUGCAGCACCAGCUCUUAUACAGGAGAUUGCCCAUCCACGCUUACGACCCAUGAUAGCUUCGUGCUAUUAUCCCUUCUUCUAUUUCGGCACACUCCUUUCUGCUCUAUUAUGCUUCGCGGGUCUGUACCUCCCAGGCAAUUGGUCUUGGCGGGUGCCAUCAAUAGCGCAGAUAAUAGGUCCUGCCGCAGUGCUUGCAACUGUGUUCAGUUGCCCCGAGUCUCCGAGAUGGCUUGUCUCUAAGGGAAGGUCUUCAGAAGCUGCCGAAGUGUUGGGCAAAUACCACGCCAAUGGUCUCCGUGACGAUCCCCUCGUCCGAUGGGAAUUAGCGGAGAUCGAAGCUGCAAUAGAAGAAGAGAAUGACCGUCACCAGAAUUCCUAUAUGGGGUUUUUUCAAUCGUGGGGUAACAGACGGCGUCUAUACAUUCUCGUGUCCUUGUCGAUUGGGCAGAAUUGGGUUGGCAAUGGUGUCAUAUCUUACUAUCUGACCCCUGUGCUGAAAUCCGUUGGCAUAGAGUCUCCGGUACAAAUAACGCUUCUUACAUCGGGCCUGGCAAUCUGGAACCUCAUAUUGGCUUUCCUUGCUGCGCUAAAUGUGGAACGCUUCGGUCGUCGCACACUAUUUUUCAUAUCCAUAAUAGGGAUGUUGAUUUCUUAUGGUCUGGUGAUGGGCUUCUCUGCUGGAUUCACGACAACCCAAAAUCGUGGUUUAGGAGUCGCUGUCGUGCCUUUCCUAUUCAUUUACUAUGGCUUUUAUGACAUCGCUUGGACGCCUCUGCCAGUCCCAUACACGGCCGAGAUUCUGCCAUUCGGGCUGCGAACUAAAGGUCUUGCUAUUUUCGCUUCAGUUGGAACACUGGCAAACUCUUUCAAUCAAUUCGUGAAUCCGAUUGCCUUGGAAGCCAUUGCAUGGAGAUAUUAUGCUAUUUAUAUCGCUAUACUGCUAUUUUACUUGGCCUUUGCGUACUUCAUGUACCCCGAAACGAAAGGCCGCACGGUCGAGGAGGUGUCGGCUGUGUUCAAUGCUUUUGAUGACAAGGAGGAAGAUCCCCGGGAACUUGCUCAGCCGAAGUACGAGGACUCUUCCUUCGUGGGGGCCAGCUCACACCGCGAAAACGUCUAAAGUAGUUCGUGACUAUCUGCUAUGCAAAGUGAACGUUUGGUGGACGGCAAGGUUUGAGACGAAUCUACACAAUAGUGAUACUUGAGUGCGUUAUGGUGCUUGUCCUCGGCCUGAGGUGCAACAUUACGAUCAUGAACUUGAAUGCCUGGUAAACCUGCG